CGCAGCGCGGGCCAAGGAGACGGCGUUCGUGGAGGUGGUGCUGUUCGAGUCGAGCCCCAGCGGCGACUACACCACCUACACCACGGGCCUCACGGGCCGCUUCUCCCGGGCCGGGGCCACGCUCAGCGCCGAGGGAGAGAUCGUGCAGAUGCACCCACUGGGACUCUGUAACAACAAUGAUGAAGAAGACUUAUAUGAAUAUGGCUGGGUGGGGGUAGUGAAGCUGGAGCAGCCCGAGCUGGACCCGAAGCCCUGUCUCACUGUCCUCGGCAAGGCCAAGAGAGCUGUGCAGCGAGGAGCCACUGCAGUCAUCUUUGAUGUCUCGGAAAAUCCCGAUGCCAUUGACCAGCUGAACCAGGGCUCAGAAGAUCCUCUGAAGAGGCCCGUGGUGUACGUGAAAGGGGCCGAUGCAGUCAAAUUGAUGAACAUCGUUAAUAAGCAGAAGGUGGCACGAGCAAGGAUUCAGCAUCGACCCCCUCGGCAACCCACUGAAUACUUUGACAUGGGCAUUUUCCUGGCCUUCUUUGUGGUGGUCUCUUUGGUUUGCCUCUUCCUCCUUGUCAAAAUCAAGCUGAAGCAAAGACGCAGCCAGAAUUCCAUGAACAGGCUGGCUGUGCAGGCCCUCGAGAAGAUGGAGACUAGGAAGUUCAAGUCAAAGAGUAAAGGCACACGGGAAGGGAGCUGGGGGGCCCUGGACACCCUCAGCAGCAGCUCCACUUCAGACUGCGCCAUCUGUUUGGAGAAGUACAUUGAUGGAGAGGAGCUCCGGGUUAUUCCUUGUACUCACCGAUUUCACAAGAAAUGCGUGGAUCCCUGGCUGCUCCAGCAUCACACCUGUCCCCAUUGCCGUCACAAUAUAAUAGAACAAAAGGGAAAUCCAGGCCCUGGGUGCACAGAGCCUGGUAACCCUGUACGGAGCCGGCAGCCGAGGGUCAUCUUACCGGUGCAUUAUCCAGGGCGAGUGCACAGGACCAGCCAGAUACCAGCGUAUCCCAUGCGGACUAGUAUGGACUCCCAAGGAAACCCCAUCACACUGCUCACUGUUGACCCCCACGGAGAGCAGAGCCUGUAUGCAGGCCAGGCCCCGGCCUACCUCCCCAGCUACCCGCCGCUGCACCUGGACCAUGCCCUGAACCCCCACCGCUGCGGCUUGGAGCACAGGACUUACGCGCCAGCCCAUGCCUUCCGCAGGUCCAAGUUCAGUGGGCGUGGCCUCUCCAAGGCUGCCUGCCUUUCCCAGUAUGAGACCAUGUACCAGCAUUACUACUUCCAGGGCCUCAGCUACCCAGAGCAGGAGGCGCAGGCCCCUCCCAGCCUGGCUCCUCAGGCCCCCUCCCGUGCCUUCCAGCCCAGCGGCAGUUUGCUUUUCCCCACCGUGGUGCACGUGACACCACCUUCCCGCCUGGAGAGCGGCAGCACAUCCAGCUUUAGCUGCUACCACGGCCACCGCUCCGUGUGCAGCGGCUACCUGGCCGACUGCCCCGGCAGCGACAGCAGCAGCAGCAGCAGCGGUUCCUCUGGCCAGUGCCGCUGCUCCUCCAGUGACUCGGUGGUCGACUGUGCCGAGGUCAGCAACCAGGGCGUCUAUGGAAGCUGCUCCACUUUCCGCAGCUCUCUCAGCAGCGACUAUGACCCCUUCAUUUACCGCAGCCGCAGUCCCUGCCGGACCGCCGAGGGGGGCAGCCUGAGCCGGGGGCCAGCGGUGCUCCUGGAAGGGGCCCCCCACGAGGAGCUCCCAGCGCCCGGCCGCAGCCUCCACGGCGGAGACCGUCGGCCUGUCGCGGCCUCACCCUGCGGGGACCAGCUGUCCAGCUGCAGCCUCGAAGUCAACUACAGCAGCCAUUCGUCUCUGGAGCACAGGGAUGGGAGCAGCUCUACCUCAGAGGGGGGGCUCGAGGUUCCUCCAGGGGCCACGUGGGAUGUCAGGAGGGCCUGGAGGGGCCCAGAGGCCUCCGUGGCGGCUCCUGAUCCAUCGUGCACAUGCUGCUUUGAGGCCCCACGCCCGGUGCUGGAGUCUGGCACAGGAGCCUCCUGUCUGGGCCCAGACCACCUGCGUAGGACAGACGGGGUGAGGGGCGGGAGCUUGCCCUGCUACUUCUAUGAAGAGAAUCAGGGGGGCUCUGGUGGUAGCGGCAGCAGCUGCUACACUGAGGACUACGCUGUGAGCGUGCGCUACACGCUCGCAGACGAGACCCUGCCGAGCUGCUACCUGGGGUCGCGGGAGCUGGGCCAGCGCAUCCCCAUCAUUCCUGAGGACAUGGACUGUGACGUGGUCCUGCCCACAGACUGCCAAGGGACCCAGCACUACAGCUCCUGGGAUGAGUCCCCUGAGCCGGCCCCUCAGCCACACCAAGGCCUGGGGGAAGCCCAGGAGGAAAGAGACCUGGGCUUCCAGGCUAGCGCCUUCCAGCUUCCCCAGGAGGAAGAAACCAGGGCCUUCUUCUCUCGUGCCAUCCUGGACUCUCCGGAGGCAGCAGCGCCCACGGAGGUUGCAGGCCUGGGACCUCACCCUCACCCACCACUGGACAGAAGUGGCAGAGUUAUCUGAGCUCAGAUGGACUUUUAGCUGGAAGCAGCACCUCGGUGGAGACUCCAAAUGGUUUGACUUCCUUUCAAAAGAAAAAAGAAACAAAAAGGCAUAACUUUUUUUAGCUUUUACAAACAGAAAAGUGGUAAUAUGGAGAGCCAGCCGUCCCCCCGUGCCCCAGAAUGUGAGCCACCGAUGUGGCAGCCCCAGUGCCCACCACCAGCCACAACGUCCUGAGCCCUCUCCCUCUCCAGACAAAUGUUUAUUCUUGUAUUCUCUGAAGUGUGCACUUCGAGCUAGGACUGAGCUCUCUGCUUUUUAAAGAAUAUUCUAUGUAAAUGUAAAAAGUGUUAUUUAAAUAUAUAUUUUUUAAAAUCUUAAACUCACCAACUUUGCUGAAAAGAAAGCUCCCACACUACUGCAUUAAAGCAAACCUUGUCUUGUAGAUACUGUUGUCUCCCCCAAGGGCGUUCAGGCCUUUGAUAUGCUCAGGGCUCUACCUGCCUUAGAGAACUAACCAGAAACUUGAAGGUGAUUGGUUGAUAUGGGUACAACCUGAUGGAUGCAAUUCUGCCUUUGAUGUUCUAAUUCGAACCUUGAACCCUCGUGGGAGGCCAGGCCAGCCCUGGGCUCUGGAGGGACCCAAAGCGUUUCUGCAGCCACCCCUUUAGUCAGCAGAAAGUUAAGCCUGAGGCCCUCUUCAUACCUGCCAUGAGGACCAUGGGGGCCGUCAUUCUUCCUGAGACAGUGCAGCUUACUCUCCCUGCAGGCCCAGGACGGUAGCCGUGGGGCCCAGCAGUCUCCGGGAGGCCAGCUCCCAUGGAGGUGAUUGGCUUGGCUGCAGCCCAGAGGGAAUGAGGUUUGGUUGCCUUGGAUACCGUGCAAGUGUGUCGAUGUGAGUUAUGUUCCCCGCUAAGGAGCAUGCUCCUCCUCGGAGCCGGUCCACCCAGGCAGGGGAUGGCAGGAUGAGGGCUAGGUGUCGGGCUGGCUCUGUAGGCACAUGCAGAUGUGGGUGCUGGCCAGCUUAGUGCCCCCUCCUGUCCCCUCAGCCUUGCUGGGUGCCUGUGCCUGCACAUGCCAUGCGCUCAGCAGCUCUUUGGAGGUACAGGAACAAAGGAACGUAAAUUGCCUGGCAUGCUUGUGAUCCACUUGUUUCCCAUGGAAGCAGCUGCUUGAAGGGCAAGGCACAGCUGGGUCUGCCCAUCUAACCACCCUCCUUGUUCCCUACCAAGGAAAGCCAGGCUGUCUCGUUGGGCAGAUGUGGGCGAUGACCUGAGUCCCAAAGUGCUAGUGGGAGGGAUUCUUUUUUUUUUUUUAAAUGAAAGGGGGUGUGAAAUACCCAAGCAAUUAGGGGAAGAUUUUUCUUCAUUAGAGAAUCUGUUUAAGGUAUUUCCAGUCCAGAAUUUGAAUCUUUUUUUUUUGUUGUCAAAUAUAUCUUUCCUCCCAUCCUUCCAUUUUAAAAAAAAUUUUUUAAAGAAGUAAUUACAUUAACCCAGUGUUCACUAACCCUUCUAGUCACCUCUUUAAAAAUACAAUUUAUUUUAUUCAAAUUAUAUUUAUUGCCUUACUUUUAAAAGCAUGACCUGUGCGUUCUAAGCCAGUUAGCCAAAUGGGAACCAGUGAGAGAGAGUGCAAGGAGGCACGAGGAAAGAAGGGCUUCUGCCAUCCCUGUGUCCAAAGGCAGUCCUAGGCCACUAAAUGUCUCUUACCAAGCUAAGCGGGAUGUGAGAUCAGCAAAUGGGUCACCAGUUGGGGAGGCAGGCUGGCAAUCCGGCAAGGCAGUUAGUCUUAGCCAGUAUUUGAAAGAAUAAACCACGAGCUUCCAAUCAUCUGGAUCCUUCCCCCUGCUCCCGCUUUACCUGUGGAAAUCACUACAUGAGCUUGGGAGGAGCCUUGGCAGCCCACCAGGACACCUGGCCACCCCACCCCAGAAUGCCUGUUGGGGGAGGGGGAGAGGAAGAAGGACCACUGUUGCUGCUGGGCAUGUGCCAGGAGGAGGAGGCCCAGCAGGACUGAUUUCUGGGGCCCCAGCAACAGCUUAAGAUGCGGAGCCUUGGGGAGUCACAUCAGCUGGAGGCCUCUGCCUCUAGCAAGAGGCUACUGUCAAUUGAGAUGUGGGUGUGGCCUUCUGCAGUGUUUCUAAAUGCCCUCUGAAGCACAGGAGAAAUGCUGGGGAGGCAUGGCCCUGAGGGCUCAUGUCAUUAUAGGAGAUUGACUGCUGCAGGAGAUCCCAGAAGUCCUCUGUGGGUGGAGGUGGCCCUGGCCCUCUUGAAGGUGGUCCCAGCAGACUGUAAACUUUUGGCAGGUUCCACAGGCUUCCAGUACAGCCCCAGAGCCCUGUUGGGUCUCCCUCCUGAGAACCGGGGAUCAGAAAGGCUCGGCUUGACACCAGGGGAUUCAGUCCAGUCCAGUCCCCCACAAAUCAGGCAGCCAGCCUGUGCCAAACCCUGCAAAUACAAAGACUGUAACACAGGUCUCCCUGCCUUCAGGAAAUACGGCAUCCUUAUUUACACAUACGCACAGGGGUGUUCCUACAGGAAACCAUUCGAUUUUUUGUUUUUACUUAAUAAGGGAGUAAUAGCAGGAAGAAAAGAUUAACUGUUUGGCAGGGUUUGGGGCUUGUGUUUUGGUUUUUGGUGUUUUUUGGCUAGCCCGUGAGGCCUCCAGAGGAGGGUGGCGUAACAUGUUCCACUCUGACUUCUUAUUCCAUCUAAGGCUCCAAGGUGCCCGUAACCGCCCAGCAGCCUCUUUCAGGUGACUCUCUGCCAUGUGAUGGUUGGAGGGAAAUGGAAUCCAGGGGCUAUCAGUUUUUCCACUGCAUCUGCAGACGUCAAGAUGCUCUUGCUUUGGAUGUGGGCCUGCUUCCUGCGGCGGCCCCGCGGCCCUCUCUCCCUUCUGUGUGGGGGAGCCCAAUGAAGAAUGAUUGUCUGAGUGUUGCCACCGAUGAGGUGUAACCUCAGUGACACGGCUCGGGGUCUGCCCCCACUGGAUCCCCAAAUCCAAGUCAAUAUCUAAAGCCCCUUCCCUAUUCGCUGCUAGACCCUGCUGAAGCUCCAGGCAGAUAACAUGAAAGUCAUGAUGAUGGAGGUAUUUUUAAACAGUCCUGCUUUUUCUGUUCUCUAUAUAACUGUCUCCAUUGUGUUGGGCUAAUGAGGAACUAUUUUCAGUGUUCUUAAAAUUCUCUCCCCGAGCACUUAAAAUGUUUUGUAAGACUUUGCUGUAAAGAUUUGUAAGAAUACUGGUCCAAGGGCUCUUUCUCCAACAUUACCAUUUUUUAAAAUGUUUUAAAGGCUAGAAAACAACUUGUGUAUAUUCUGUAUAUGUAUAGCAACACAUUUCAUUUAUGGAAAUAUGUUCUCAGAAUAUUUAUUUACUAAUAUAUUUAUCUUAAGCUGUGUCUUAUGUUGAGAGUGCGACAUUAUUGGAAUAAUCUUUGGAAAUCACUAACCCAAGGCCCUGUAAAUACAUGAUCAUUGCACCCAAAUUCUGCAUAUUCGCCGACCAAAAAACAUGAUUUAAGUCGUAGUCUUCUAUCGUUUUGUAACAAAGUGUACAAAAGGCUGUAAAAAAAAAUACAAUUUUAUCAAGUAUGUAUGAGAUGUUGUCAUUCUGUCCUGUGAAAAUCAGCAGCGAUUCUGAGGAAAGCCAAGAAGGUGUAAAGG